CACGUGACUGUCUGACGUCACCGCCUCUGCCUCCGCUCUUAGUCAAACAUGGAGUAAGGAGGAGAUGGGACUCAUCCAGGACCAUCCUCACCGACAGCAGCGCUCCAGUCUCGGUCACCGCGUUCCAGGCCGGUUCGGUGGAGGAGGAGGUGCUGAAGGAGGAGGAAGGUGAAGAGGAGGAGGGGAUCGGAUGCGCUCCCUCAGCUAAGGAGAAAAGGAGGUGACAGUGGUGUUGUUGGACCAGAACGCAUCAGACCUGAGCGGCGCGCGUGAGGAAGCCGCAGCCACCGCGUCUGCCGCUGCCUCGUCAGAGGAAACAUGAAGAAACCACACCGCGCUGCAGCGGCGCGAGCUCCUUACCACCGGAGGUGAAACGGAAAAGAUGAGCGAGGACACGCGCCCAGACGAUGACAGCUACGUUGUGCGGGUCAAAGCGGUGGUGAUGACCAGAGAUGAGUCGAGUGGCGGCUGGUUGGCGCAGGACGGCUGCCUGAGCAGAGUGGGCGUGGCCAGGCUGCAGCCGAGCGAGCUGCUGGGACGAAACACCUUCCUGAUCCAUGGAGAGCGGCUGAAAGACCGGCAGGUGAUUCUGGAGUGCUUCUUGAAAAAGGACCUGGUCUACACGAAGGCAACGCCUACUUUCCACCACUGGAAGGUGGACAAUAAAAAGUGCGGUCUGACCUUCCAAAGUCCGUCUGACGCUCGAGCCUUUGACCGCGGCGUUAGGAAAGCUCUGGAGGACCUGACAGAAGGCUCGACCACGUCUUCGUCCACGCUGCAGAAUGAAGCAGAGCUCGGAGACGACGACGUCUUCACGACCGCCACCGACAGCUCGUCCAACUCGUCUCAGAGGAGAGAGCCGGUGAUGCACGCCAUGGCGCCGGCCCACUUCUGCGAACUGCGGCGCCACCGCUGCAUCUUGGGUCACCUGUAUGAGCAGCACCGGGCCUCAGACCAGCGCUUCCUGGACCAGGCGGUGCACGUGUUUCCUCGUCAUGUCAGUUUCCAAGUGGAGGAGGAGAUCGUACGCAUCAACCCCCGCGAGCGGACCUGGCUCACCGGCUACGAGGACUACCGUCACGCCAACUCUACGAGGGGCAAGCUCACCCAGCCGCACAAUCCGGAUGCCUACGUGCACUUCACCAAGACUGAGCUGCCCAAACAUGACUAUGCCUACCUGUACCCGCUGAGCUGCGACGGGAAGCUGGGCGCCGGCCGCAGGGCAGUGGUGACGCUGCAGCCACCUCAGCUGAAAGCCACGCGACGGCCGGAGGACAGCGAGCACCUCCGCUGCGUUUACUGUCAGGACACGUUCAACAGCAAGGACAACGGGCGGGGCCGCUGCCAGGAGGCGCCGGACCCCAUUCAGACCUGCAUCCGACGGGUCAGCUUUAUGUGGUGCGCCGACAGCCUGCUGUACCACUGCAUGUCCGACCCGGAGGGCGACUACUCGGACCCGUGCUCCUGCGACACCAGCGAUGAGCGCUUCUGCCUGCGCUGGGCGGCGUUGGUGGGUCUGUCGCUGCUGGCGCCGUGCAUGUGCUGCUACGCCCCCCUUAGGGCGUGCCACCGGUGCGGCAUGGUGUGUCGCUGCUGCGGUGGGAAACACAAAGCCGUGGGCUGAGGCCCCGCCCACCCAGCCUGAGGCAUCGCCCACCCCAUGCAGACCACACAGAGAUGGAGGCAGCUGUGAUUUCUGUUGUCGUUUCAAGAAAAAGUAAAAACUUCAUCGCAAAGCUCCUCCUGUAAAUAUCAUCCUGUAUCUUUUCACGUCCAUGUUCGGGCCAUCAGAGUUAACUCACACCUUCACACCGGGACAUAACGUGUGCCUUUAACAUGAGCAAAUAACCAUACAUCAUAAAUGUAGAAGCAGAUUCCUCCCAGACCAGACCAGGAGGGAGCUUAGCUUCCACUGGAGGCUCUUCCAGGUAACCUCAAGAUCACUUUACUUCAUGCAUAUUCAGGCAACUUUAUUUAACCUUAGAAGGUAAUUCAGUUUGAGUCUUCAGAUUAACAGAAACAGCCUAAAAAAUAACAUCAAUCACAAAUAAACAGCUUUGAAUGACAUAUUUACGGCUGCAACAAAAUGUCAACAAAUACUCAAUUUAACAUAAUUCAUAAUAAGUCAUUCAUAUUCAUGAACCAGGACUCUAAAAUGUAAACGAUUUACUGCCAUCAGAAGCAUUUAAGGGUCUAACUGCAGAAGAUAAAAAGGAGUCUGAGCAAGCGCUGCCCCUUCCUGAUGGUGUCGGCAUCUCGUUUUAUGAAGCCCAACCUAAGAAAAAUAGGGAGAAAAUUAUCAGUUUUAUUAAUCGUUAUUAAUCUUUAUUUGGCCCUUU